AUGGAAGACAAACACUCGAGCCCGAAGCUUGAGAAGGAAAAGAAGAUGUCCUCCUCCUCCUCCUCCUCCUCCUCCUCCUCCUCCUCCUCCUCGCUCUCCGAGAAUGAAAGGCUGACUCUGUAUGAGAUUGGGAAGCAGACUGAGCAAUCCCCCAAAGUCAAGCCACAAGCUCAGCCAGGCCAGCAGCAGUCUCAACAGGUUGAGAGAGAGUACCCUGAGAGGGUUAGACCGACUGAACAGGCUGAGCGGGCUGAACCAUCCCAAAAGCCCGAGAAAACAGAGCAAGCCCAAGCCCAGCAGACUUUGUCAACUCAACAGAUUCCUUCUCAAGUCCACCGUCCCCCUCCCACCCUCCCAGCCUUCUCCCUUCAAGGCAAGGUCAUCGUCGUGACGGGUGGAGCAAGGGGUCUAGGAUUGGUUAUGGGACAAGCCAUCGUAGCCAGCGGAGCCGACCUAGCCAUAGUCGACAUCAACGGCGAAGAAGCUGCCCGCCAAGCCCACCUCCUUCAAACUCAUUUCCAGCAGCACCCCCCCUACGGCUCCCUCAAAACUCCGCACAUCACCGCCCACCAAGCCGACGUGUCCUCCCCCACAGCCGUGACCGCCUGUAUUGCAGAGAUCCUAGCUUCUCAUGGCGGGCAUAUUGAUGGGCUGGUCACGUCGGCUGGGUUUGUCGAGAACUGGGAUGCGGUGAGCUACCCCGUGGAGAGGAUGCGACGGUUGUGGGAGGUGAAUGUGGAUGGGACGUGGUUAUUUGCUGUGGAGGUGGCGAGGCACUUGAUGCAGCGCAAGGCGAAAGGGAGCAUGGUUUUCAUCGGGAGCAUGAGCGGUUCGAUUGUGAAUGUGCCGCAGGCUCAAGCACCGUACAAUGCAUCCAAGGCUGCUGUCCGACAGCUCUGUGCCUCGCUGGCCGUUGAAUGGGCUCCCCAUGGCAUACGUGUCAACUGUAUCUCACCAGGGUACAUGUUGACUGAUCUAACAAAGAAAAUCCUCGACACCAACCCCCACCUCAAAGAGAAAUGGACUUCAGGCAUUCCCCUCGGGAGAAUGGGUCAGCCACACGAGCUAACUGGUCCGGUAACCUUCCUCCUGUCAGACGCAUCAACCUACGUGACAGGAGCCGAUCUCCGGGUUGAUGGAGGAUACACUUGUAUCUAA